AUGGAAGAUUUUGAAUACCGGUUUCCACGCCGGGUGAAAUUCCGGCUCGGACUCAGCACGAUCACAGGGUUGGCGGAACCUCUAGACCGCGCGUAUCCAUGGGUGUUCAAGGCCACUCUUGUCGAAGGCGCCUGGCACCGCGUUGUCCGCUUGUGGCUGCCGUCCCUCCCCACACUGCUGCAGCGGUGUGUCCGGAUCCUGUGGCCGCGAUACGCUCUGCCCAGCUGCGUCGUCUUGAAAAAGCUGCGAGGGCCGUUCGUCGACGACGGUGAGAUCGUGUCCAAGACCGAAGAGUUUGACAACGAAAAGGCCAUGUAUCGGCGGCUACAGUCUGUCCAAGGCAGCGCCGUCCCUGUCUUCUACGGUGAGGCGCAGUGUGAGGGCCGGCGCACGCUGGUCCUCUCACUGCUGGCGGGCCAGACGCUGCGGAACCAGACCCAGCCGCGCCUCACCAUCGAGGAGUUUACGGCGCGCAUCGAAGCGCCCAUACGAGCACUGCAACAUCACGGACUCAUUUACAGCGACAACAAGCUCUCCAACAUUAUGCUCGUGGACGGUCGAAUUAUGCUGGUCGACCUUGAGUGGGUCGAAGCGCUGGAGCCAGAGGAGCUGGAUGCCUACUGCAGCAAGGUGACGAUUCCUUCUUUUAUCCGGCGAUACCGGGAGUACCUGCCCAGCGCAGAUGAUGGGGCUGUGGCUUGA